AUGUAUGACGACAAGCUGGAAACUGCCAAGGACCACAUCUGCUGCGGCAGCUGUAAAAAGUGGAACAGUCACCGCCGGAUGAUUACUUCCGGAGUGGUCUGUUUUCAAACAGCCGAUGAAGAUGGGGUGAUCAAAACAAAGUACAAGAAAAUUUGCGCCCGAUGCUGGACUGCAGAGAAGAACCUCUCCACUCCCAAAGAUGAGCCAAAGGUUUCGAUGAUGGAUGCAGCCUUGAAGGAGCAUGAUAGCCUCUAUGAACGACAGGCUCGCAAACAAGUGAGACGUACUACAGCUGAUGCUACACCAAAGUCUCCGGUGUCAGUGCCAAAGGCUGCGCCCAAGUCCCCGUCGGCUUCGGUUACGCCAAAGGCCAGCAGCAAUGGAGGAGUCUCCAGCACCCUGGCGAAAAUGCCGAAGCAGACACGGGCAGCACCAGAACUCUGCCAGCGGCAUUUGCAAAUGUGCAACUGCGAACAUUGGAAGGUCAUUCACACUUUUGUUUUCGUUCGCUCUGAUGCUUCCCUGGACAGCGAACCCUUGGCCGUGCUCCGUGAGGGCAGCUUGCUGUGCGCCGCAAAGCCUGAGGAACCUCGUUCCAGCGAUGGCAAGUGGGCCAGAUUAGGCAGUCAAGCCAAGGUCUGGUCUGAGAUCACUUCGGAUCGACCAGACUUUGUAGCUCUGGGUCGCGAGGUGAUCCCCCACGGGUCAACCGGGGUCAACCGAACUCAGGAGGCUCACCUGCACAUCGGCAGUGGGGUCAGACUCCAGCAGUAUCCACCCUGGAAUCCACCCUGUCCCAGCGACGCCAUGGCCGAAGCUGAUGAUGAUGCAGGACAGAAGAAGAACAACAAGCGCGAUGCCUUGCGAUCCACACAAGCCGUGCCAUUCUCCAUGUUCGAUCCCAUCGUGGCUUUUGAGGCCAUCAACAGCAACUGGAUCAACGUGCCGGAGGUGGCAAAGUUGGGAAUCCAAGCCGCGCACAAAAAGAUUGGUUUGGCCCGCGAGGAGCGCCUCGAGUUGCAACGAGCAAUGGACAAUCUCCAGAAGCAGUUCCGCGGAAUGCAGGAGCACCACGUCCAGCAAAUGAACGCCCAAACUUCUCGGGUGGAUUUCCUUGAGAGAAGUACGAAGC